CAACUUAGUCAUCACGAAAAGAGAGAUAGACCAGAGAAAGGAGCAGACAGCCUUUUGCUUCUUUCCCUUAUCUUGUUCCCAUAAUCAGUUCUAAUAUAUUUUCUUGUACCAAUAUAGUAUUAUGCUUUGAGAUUCCUAUGUCAAAGUAAGAGGAUAGCAAUACAUAUUUUCUUCUUUUCUAGUUCAGAAAGGUAAGUGUGAAUAAGAAGGAUUGAGUUGAUGGAUAGGGAAGAGACAAGAAAGAAUAAGUUGAUCAAAAGGGAAUCUGUUGUGUCUAUGGGUACUGCAACAGAGCAAGCCUCUGUUGAUUGGAGAGGAAGACCUUGCAAACCAAACAAACAUGGUGGCAUGACUGCUGCUAUCUUUGUAUUGUGCCUUCAGGCAUUCGAAAUGAUGGGCAUUGCCGCUGUUGGAAAUAAUCUAAUAACCUAUGUCUUCAAUGAGAUGCACUUCCCUCUCUCAAAGUCCGCUAACAUAGUCACAAAUUUCAUUGGAACUGUUUUCCUCCUCUCCCUUUUUGGUGGCUUUCUCUCCGAUUCUUAUCUUGGCAGCUUCUUGACUAUGUUGAUCUUUGGCUUUGUCGAACUCUCUGGGUUUAUUCUAUUGGCAGUGCAAGCACAUGUUCCACAGCUAAGGCCGCCAAAGUGUGACAUGAUGUUAAGCAAAGGGCAGUGCAUGGAAGCAAAGGGAUAUAAGGCUAUGAUCUUUUUUGUUGCACUCUACUUGGUUGCUUUAGGCAGUGGCUCUUUAAAACCUAAUAUAAUCUCACAGGGUGCUGACCAAUUCAAGAAAGAUGAUUCCAAGCAAUCCAAGAAGCUAUCUACUUACUUCAACUUUGCCUAUUUUGCUUUUUGUACUGGGGAACUUGUUGCUCUAACUCUUCUUGUUUGGGUGCAAACUCACUACGGAAUGGACGUCGGAUUCGGGGUUUCUGCAGCUGCAAUGGCCCUUGGAUUGAUCAGUUUGCUUUGUGGAACAGUUCUUUAUAGGAACACACCACCUCGAGGAAGUAUAUUCACACCAAUUGCCCAAGUGUUUGUGGCUGCAAUCACAAAAAGAAAGCAGAUUUGUCCAUCAAAUCUGGAGAUGCUUCAUGGAAGCCAAUUCAUUGCGCCCCAACAAAACCUUUCUGGCAUGGCAUCAAAAGGCAGCACUCUCAUCCAUACGGAUAAGUUCAGGUUCUUAGACAAGGCGUGUAUCAAAAAACAAGAUGGAAGUAGUACAAGUGAAAGCCCCUGGAGACUAUGCACAGUGUCUCAAGUGGAGCAAGUAAAAAUACUAAUCUCAGUUGUUCCAAUCUUCGCUUGCACCAUAAUCUUCAACACAAUUCUAGCUCAGCUCCAGACCUUCUCAGUCCAACAAGGAACUACAAUGAACACUCGCCUCGCGCACAACUUCAAAAUCCCUCCAGCUUCCCUUCAGGCCAUACCUUACAUUAUGCUUAUAUUUUUGGUCCCUCUGUACGAAAUCGCGUUUGUCCCCAUGACCCGAAAGUUCACUGGCAAAGAUUCAGGAAUCACGCCUUUACAAAGAGUUGGCAUUGGCCUUUUCAUCGCGACAUUCUCUAUGGUCUGCGCUGCUCUAGUUGAGAAUAAAAGAAGAAACUAUGCCCUGAACCAGAACAGGACACUGUCCAUUUUCUGGAUAGCUCCACAGUUUCUAAUUUUCGGCCUGUCGGAGAUGUUCACUGCUGUUGGACUUAUUGAGUUCUUCUACAAACAAUCAUUGGAAGGGAUGCAAUCUUUUUUGACGGCCAUGACCUAUUGUUCCUAUUCAUUUGGAUUUUAUUUGAGCUCUUUGUUGGUUUCUUUGGUUAACAAAAUAACGUCUAGUUCAUCAUCAGGAUCAGGUGGAUGGCUAAAUGACAAUGACCUCAACAAGGAUAGGCUAGAUCUUUUCUAUUGGCUGUUGGCUGCUCUUAGCCUAGUCAACUUCAUUAAUUAUCUAUUCUGUUCCAGAUGGUAUUCUUAUAAUCCAUCUCUGUUACCUGUUGUCACACUGCAUGAGCCACAACCACAAGGACAUGACCCUGAGAACCCAAAUUGAUGUGUAUGGAAUUGGGAAUUAAGCUAACUAUAGCUGUAGCAAUAGAAUGAAAUGAAUAGAAUUAUAUGUUGAUAAUA